AUGGCUGAACAAGAAAAACAAGAAAAUGGUUAUGAUAAAAAUGAAUAUUUAAAAGUGUUUAAAAAAGUGAAUAAUUAUAAAAAAACUGCUUUUUUAAAAUUUGAUAAUGAUCAACAAGAGGAAUUUAUAAAACUAUUCACGAUUUAUAAUAGAAAUAUUAUUGAAGAAUAUCAAAAUGAUACUCCAUUAGAAGGAUGUGAUGAAUAUAAUUUAAAUAGGAGUUAUUAUGAUAAAUUAAAGAAAAAAAGUUAUGAUGGGGAAAAUGAUAUUAAAAAUUUAAUAAAAAUACGAGAAGAAUAUGAAAAGAAAGCUAGAAUUGAUAGGUUGGAAAAGGAUAAUAUUGAAUUAAAGGAACAAUUAAAAUUUCUUUUAGAAACUAUUCAAGUUCAGAAUGCAGAAAAAAAACGUAGUGAUGUAUUUAUUUCUGAGGUACCUGAUGGAGGUAUUGAUAUACGUGGAAAGUAUGAAAAUGUAUGUUAUGUAAUGCAAUUAAAACAUACAGUGAAUCCUGAAAAAUACCCAGUAACACCAGAGCAGAUACGUUCUUUUUAUGGAGCAUAUAGUAAAUAUUAUAAUGGAACACAAUAUAUUGGUAUUUUUUUGACUAAUGGACGAUAUACAAAUGAUGCUAUUCUUGCAGAAGGUAAAAAUUGUAAUGAUAAAAUUUAUUUAUGUACACAUGAGAAUUUAUAUAGUGUGUUAAAACAAAUUAAUAAUUUAUAUAUCAAUAAUGAUAAUAGUAAUAAUAAUAAUAUAAUGAUUGAAAAUACGGAUAUUAAUAAUUUUUCUUUUGAAUAUUCCAAUAUUACUAUUAGAUAUGAACAUGUUAAAAAACAAGUUAUUUCUAUUAAUAAUAGACAUAAUCCAUAUAAAAGAAAGGAUGAUAAUUAA